AAUUAAUCGAAUGAAUUCAAGCCUCAGAUAACCAUUAUCACUACAUAAUUCAAUUGAUAAGAGAGAAAAUAAACCUGAAACAAAGCAGGAAAUGAAAGCAUUCUCAUUUAUAAAACCAAGUGUAUCUAAUUGUCAACCAUUAUAAACAUCUAAUUCUUAAUUACCUCCUUAAUCUCCAAUGACAAUCACAUAAUAAGUUUCUAAAUAAUAGAAGCCAAAUUGUUCUAUUUAGGAUUUGGAAACUUUUAUAAAGGAAAUAGAUAGAUUGUAAUUAGAGAAUUAAAAAUUGAAAGAAAAGUCUUCUGAACCACAAAUAAUUGUAUAAUAGGAUCCUAAAUUAACAGUAGAAAAUUAGGAACUUAAAGUAAGUAUAAUAAUUGAUGAUUAGGAUUAAUUGGAUUUCCAUAGACAUAAAUGUGAAUUAUAGGAGAAAAGUCACAAUGAUGCAGUAAGAUAAAUAGAUUUAAGUUGGAAAUAAGAUAUAGCUAAUUUAAAGUAUUAGAUGGAGUAAUAGGAAUCAAAACAUAGAUAAGCUUUAAGAUUAGAAUAGUAAUAAGCAAAAUAGGAGAUUGCUAGACUUUAAUAGAAUCUAUCUUAGAUUUCAAAUUCCGAUAAUAAGAAUUAAGGUCUUGUUUAAGCUUUGGUAAGAAAUAUUAAUUAAUUUUAGGAAACAUAAUUAAUAAAUCUAAAGAAGAAUAACAAUAUAUUGGAGGAGAAAUUGUCAUAUGCUAUAUAAUAAUUUGAUUGUUAAUCAAAAGAUUAAGAAUUUACAUUAUUGAAAUAAUAAGCUGUUAUUGGUUCAUAGGAAUAACAUGUUAUAGAAUUGAAGAAUAAAUUAACUUAGUCAAGAGAAUAAAACUAAUAAAUUAAUUAGUAAUUGAUUAAAUACAAAGAUGUGGCAGAAUCUAAGACUAAUAGUGAAAAUCUUUUAUAAAAUAAAUUGAAAUUAAUAGAAAGUGAUUUUGAACACUUGUCAUAAACUUAUAAUGAACAUAAGGAUUCUUUGUAAUAAAAGAUAAGUGAAUUAACAUCUAUGUAUGGAAGAUCUCAAGAAUAGAUUAGUCUUAUGUAAUAGUAACAAAUUAAAGAGUAGAAUUAAAUUAAGAAAUUAUAAACAUCUUUAGAAAAUUAAGAAAAGAAUCAUUAAAAUGAAAUUAAUGAUAUUCACAAACAAAAACAAAUGCUUAUUCAAUUCUUAGAAUAAGAAUUAUUAGGUUACAAAGAAUAGAAUCAAUAAUUGAAAUUGAUGAAUUAGAAAUUAGAGACUUCUUACAAAGAAAAUCAAUAAUCAUAUUAAUCAAAUUUUAGAGAAUUAGAAUGUAAGACUAAUAUGUUAGGAGAUGAAUGUACAAGACUUAAUAAUAUAAUUAAACAGAAAGAUGAAUAAGUUUUUAGACUUUAAGUAUAAUUGAAAGAUUUGAUGAAUCUAAAUGGAAAAAAUCAAUCUUAAGAAUAAAUUUUAGAAACUUUAUAAAUCAAGGAAGGAGAGAUUAACAUUCUAAAAUAAUAAAAUGAUAGUUUGAUAAGUGAUUUAUCAAGGUAAGCAGAAAAUUAUAGAAAUUUAGUAUAAUAGCACAAACAAUUAUAGAAAUGCUCAGAAGAAGUAAAAAUUAAUAGUAUCACAAUCAAUGAGUUUUAAAGUAAAUGCGAAUUGUAAGAUAGGGAGAUUGAAAGAUUACGUUAAAAGGUCUUAGAGAAAUCUUAAUUAUUGGAAAAAGUAUAGAAGGAAAACUUGGAAUACUAAGCCAAGUUAAAAUCAAAGUUGAGAUGAUAUUAUUACUUUUAUUUUGUUAAAUAAUAUGAAAU